AAUUCGCCAAAAUGGAUACCUCAAAGGUCCCAGUCAAGCUCGUCAAGGUCACCCGCGUUUUGGGCCGUACCGGUUCCCGUGGAGGUGUUACUCAGGUCAGAGUUGAGUUCAUGGACGACACCACCCGCAGCAUUAUCCGCAACGUCAAGGGCCCAGUCCGUGAGGAUGAUAUCCUGUGCCUACUCGAGUCCGAGCGUGAGGCAAGAAGGUUGAGAUAAGCGUGCCUGGGUGUAGGAAAAGGGUCUUCUUUGGUUGUGCAAGCAUUAGCUGCGGGCUGGGUUUCAACCAGAUACUGGCUGAGGGGCGUUGAAGCACACAGAAAUACAACGAUUUCCAAAUACCCCA